UGAAUACCAUUGAAACUGAUUGAAACGAAUAAAUAACAUUUCACAUUUGUAAUAUUUUACAAAACUUGGAAACUUGAUUAUUUUUCUGCAGAAAAACUAAACAAAAAACAAUGGAAAAUAAUUUUCAAGUUGAAGAAAAUUCACUAUCCCAAGACACAUAUCAGGAUGAUCCACAACCAUCGCCAGAAUUCCUCCAAAGAAAAUUAUAUUUUCUUGUUGAUCAACUAAAACAAAUGCAUUCUGCUUUGCCCGAACAAUUCCAAAUAAGAAUAUCCUACGAAUUAUUAACAGAAUUAGCUAAUUCCUUACUAAACGAUACAAUAUUCGAAAUAGUUAAAGGAUUAAUGGACAUUCAACAUGUAACCGAAAAACACUUGGAAAAUCUUCGCAAUCAAGUCGAGAAUGAAUAUCAAAUUGAAGUACAAGAUUGGGCAUCGAAAAUAUCAGAUCCAGAAGAAUUGGAACACAUUUUGGGACUAAUGAAGAUAAAACACACGAAAAAACUGAAAGAAACUGAUAUGAAAUUAAUUGCACAUUUGGAUCAAAAAGUGAGAGACCAACAAUCAUUACUGGAAAAGGCAUGUGUGGCUGGAUUUUAUGUAACAGACAAUCCCAGGGAAAUCAAGAUUCAAAUGUUUUUGCUUGAUUUUAUUUUGCGUUUGAGUCGGGUGAAAUUCGAACCGAAUAAAUAGGAAUUACUGCAGUGGGAUGAGACCCAGAGAGAUAAGACUUGAUUGAUUUGACUUUGAUUCAAAAGAAAAUUGUAUAAAAUAUUAUUUUAUUAUGUAUGUUAAAGCCGAAUUCGUUGCAC